GGAAAAAAAAUAGAAUACACUUAAAUAAUCAAAUGAAUGAAUAAUCUGAACCUUAAAAACGAAAAAACGACACCGCAUCAAAGACGAGAGGCUAAACCCUACUGUAGUCUCUCUACAUCACCAAAGCCACAGCCAUGACCACUACAGCAGCAAAUCCGGUGAUGCCAAACCUGUUCAGGUCGGCGCUGCUUGCUGCCGGUACUGGUGCUUCUGACGUCGGAGCAGAGACCGAGGACGGAGACAUUGUCGGAGCCCCAACAGGCGACUCGGAAGUCGAAGGAGAAGGAGAUGACAGAGAAGAUGCCUUAGGUGAAGCCGCCAGCACCGGCGGCCCUGUCGGAGACAAGAUCGUGGGAGAAGAAGCCGGAGAUCGAGCUGUUGUGAGGCUCACCAGCAGUGGAACUACCAGCAUCAGCACCAACACAGCAGAGAAGCGAGCCAUUUUAGAGAGAGAGAAACUGAAAUUCUAGAUAGAGAGAGAGAAUGUGUAGUCCGUGAGACUGCAAUUCAAGAGAGAUGAGUUGC